AAAAUAUUGUUCUUCAUUUAGUUUCAUAGUAUAUUAUAGGAAAAAAUGCUUAGAAAGGUGAUCCAGAGCUCUUCGACACAAUUCUUACUGAAGCGUGGUCUCAAAACCUCCUCGAUUCGGUUAGCUUCUACCCCAGAUCCAGCUGAAAAUUCUGCUACUGGUCAAUAUAUCACUACCAUUACCAAUCCAUAUACAGUUACCACUUAUGCUCGUCCUAAUAUAGUAUUCACCCAUGGUAAGGGGGCACAUUUGUAUGAUUUGGAAAAUAAUGAAUAUAUUGAUUUUUCAGCUGGUAUUGCAGUAACUGGUUUGGGGCAUGCUAAUUCUGAAAUUGCUGAUAUAAUUGCAAAGCAAGCAAAGACACUUGUUCAUUGCUCUAAUUUAUUUCAUAAUCUUCAUGCCGGUGAAUUGGCAAACAAACUUGUCACUGCAACCAAGGCUAGUGGGGGUAUGCAUGAUGCUCAAAGAGUAUUUUUAUGUAACUCUGGUACUGAAGCAAAUGAAGCAGCAUUAAAAUUUGCUCGUAAAUAUGGUAAACUGAUUGAUGAUAAUAAAAUUGAAAUUAUUACAUUUGAAAAUGCAUUUCAUGGUAGAUCAAUGGGUGCAUUAUCUGUUACUCCAAAUCCAAAAUAUCAACAACCAUUUGCACCACUUAUUCCUGGGGUUCAAGUUGCCAAGGCUGGUGAUAUUUCAAGUGUUGAAAAAUUGAUAAGUAAGGAUAAGACUUGUGCAGUUAUUAUUGAACCUAUUCAAGGUGAAGGAGGUGUUCAAACAAUUGAUACUGAAUUUUUAAUUGAAUUGAAGAAAUUAUGUGUUAAGAAUGAUGUUUUAUUGAUUUAUGAUGAAAUUCAAUGUGGUUUGGGACGUUCAGGUAAACUUUGGGCCCAUUCCUAUUUACCAAAGGAGGCUCACCCCGAUAUUCUUACCAUGGCCAAGGCCUUAGGUAAUGGGUUCCCCAUUGGAGCUACCAUGAUUUCUGAAGAGGUUGAAAAAUCAUUAAAGGUUGGUGACCACGGUACUACUUAUGGUGGUAAUCCACUUGGGUCAAGAAUUGGUUCAUAUGUUAUUGAUCAAGUAAGUGACUCUGGGUUCUUAAAAGAAGUUGAUAAUAAGUCUGAAAAAUUUGUCAAGGGAUUAACCAAAAUUGCCAAUAAAUACCCAGAAUUUAUCACCGAAGUUCGUGGUAAAGGUUUAUUAUUAGGACUUCAAUUCAAACCUAAUGUCGAUAUUGGUAUCAUUUCUUCUAAAUGUAGAGAAAAUGGACUUAUUGUCAUUACAGCUGGGUUGAAUGUUGUUAGACUUGUUCCAGCUUUAAACAUUGAUAAUGAUGUUAUUGAAAAUGGUUUAGAGAUUUUAAGUAAAGUUGUUGAUGAAGUUGUUGGUGAAAUACCUUUAUAGAAGAGAUAUUUAAAGUAGAUAAUGAGAAAAAAAGUACAGUG